CGCAUUCACCGUCGUCCACACCGCCUCCCAUCCGCCAUAACCAUUCCGCGUCCCGAUCAUCCAUAAGGCCGCCGCCGCCGCAGCCGCGCCCGCCGCGUCAGGGUUCCUUCGCCAUCACGCCACUCCUUCGACUCUCUUGAUUGGGCUUGACUUGCUUGACCUGCGCGCACGCGCUGCAUGGCCGAUGGCGUCAUCCCGCCACUUCCUGCGUAAAGCGCUCUCCGCGCUCCGAUCGCGCCUUUCCGAUUUAAGCACUCUCGCCACCCCCCGUUACGAGCACAUCCCGCAUGCCACCAGUUUACCCGCACAAAGUUACAUUUCCCCGUUACUAGAACGAUCCUCGAUUUCGCCGCAGCUUCCCUACCGAAGCCCCCUGUGCCCUCGAUACUAUACCACCCCUUUGUCUUCCCAACACCAGCAUGAGUUCUCCCCCCCCGCUUUAGUCACACCUCCACGACCUUUCGAGGCGCCUCUAAAGGCUUUAAUCACAGCUGCACAGCUACCGCAUUCCCCGGUAUGUUGGCGCGUGACGUGGCAUCCGCAAGGCACCCGUCAGGGAGUUGCUGCUGCUGCUGUGCUGGCGGGAUGCACUGCCACGUCAGCAUCAUCCGCGUCGUUCCAUCAUGGCACCUCCGUUCUCUCGCAAGAGAGCAAACCAGCCGAACCAAGCCAACCCCAGCAAGCUCAACCCCAGGCCUCGGACCACCAAUCACCGAACCAGCAGGCUCGGCGGAGGUUCGGGCCAAGCGGCCCCACAGGGCGGCAGGCAGAGGCGAACCAGUCGCAGCUGAUGUACCUCGUGGCCGCGGCGCUGGCCAUGCUGGGCGCUGCCUAUGCGUCUGUGCCGCUCUACCGGCUCUUCUGCCAGGCCACUGGGUUUGGGGGGACGACUCAGAGGAAAGAGACAGUGGAGGAGAAAGUGGCAAGGCAGAGUGCAGACAAGAACGCAGCUGCUGCCAAAGAGAUUGUCAUUCAUUUCAAUGCUGACGUGGCAGAGGGGCUCCCAUGGCGCUUCAUCCCCACUCAGAGAGAGGUUCGGGUGAGGCCUGGCCAGAGCACGCUCGCCUUUUACACAGCCCACAACAAGAGUGACAAAGCCAUCACAGGAGUCAGCACCUACAAUGUCUCGCCCAUGAAGGCGGGCAUCUACUUCAACAAGAUCCAGUGCUUCUGCUUUGAGGAGCAGCGCCUGCAACCUGGAGAGACCAUCGACAUGCCCGUGUUCUUCUACAUUGAUCCCGAGUUUGCAAGCGACCCAGCAAUGAAGAACGUCAACCAUCUCACCCUCUCCUACACCUUCUUCCGCGUUGACUCGCCUUGAAGCACAGUUGACUCCGGUUGACUUGUGUUGACUUGUGCAAUGAAGAAUGUCAACCAUCUCACCCUCUCCACCUUCUUCCACGUUGACUCGCCUUAAUUGACCACUGUUGGCUUUCGUCGACUUCUGCUGUCUGUUUGCACGAAAAAAUGUCAACCAUUGCACUCAGCGUUUGACAUUCUUUCAGGUUGACUGGCUCGUCAUGUAGCGUCUUAACUUCUGUUUACCUGUGCUGCUGCCUCUUCAAGAAAAGAGCACAGCACACAAUGGGUUGGUUCUUUCUUGAUCUGAUUGUGUGAGAGGGUUAUAUUAUAUGGUCCUUUCAUUAGAGUAGACUGACCACCACCUAACAACUGGACACCUGUAGUAAAACCUGUUACUGUUACAACAGAUGUACAGCUUCACAUU